AUGGAUCAAUUCCGCGAUCAUAUGGUGCACACCCACAACGCCAUCAGACGAAGGCACUCCACUGGCGACCUGAAGUGGAACCCUCUUAUAGCAGCAAACGUUUUGCACUAUCUUAGGCAUCAAGACCAAUAUCAGCAAUGCCGCAUGCAACACUCUCCCCAAGAAGAUCGUAAGCUGCCGGAUAUUAAAGGCGGCUUGGGGGAAAAUCUGUACACUGCCUGCUCUAUUGGAGAACUACCGCGUGAAGUGGUUGACGCUUGGUCUGGCGAAGGGAACUGCUUCAGGUACGGAAAGAUUGGGAAUCCUUGCACUGGUGUUCUGGGCCCCAAGUGCAGCAUCGAGUCGCAUGCAGAAGGCCUUAUGACAGGUCACUACACAGCCACCGUGUGGAAUGACUCCAAAGAACUGGGAUGCGCAUACGUCGUCUGCAAAAGGGAGUGCCAAAACAACAGGCCCCUCUUGCUCGUCGGCUGCCAGUACACCCCAGCUGGAAACAUUGUGGGGCAGGCGCCAUUCCCAAAAGAGACAGCAGUGAAGCUGCAGAGCUUCUACCCGCAGCUGCUGCCGGGGGCCCCUGAAGACCCUGAACAAAUAAAAAAGUGCGAGGAAUUCAGAAAAGAAAUGAAAAUGAAAAACCCUCGAGUGGACUUGGUGGAGAAAGCAAAAAGACAGUAA